AUGAUGCCAGACUAUAGUUGCAUACUUCGCGCAACUGGCAGGGUGGUUCGUGGUUUUGGACGCGGCAGCAAAGAGCUUGGAAUACCUACUGGUUUGUACCUUCUGCUCAUCAAUUAUUCUCUCACUAGCUAACAUGUCAGAAGAUGUCAUAGAAAAUCUCCCUUCAACGAUGCGUACUGGUGUCUAUGCUGGGUGGGCACAGGUUGAAGAUGGACCUGUUCAUAAGAUGGUGAUGAGCCUUGGCUGGAAUCCCUUUUACAAAAAUGAAAGGAAAUCUUUGGUAAAUUUCCUGCACUCCGCAUUUUACUUCCACAUGCACUACUGUGAGGAAUAAUGGCCAUUACAACCGGGUGUGACCUGCUUAAUUCGAUUCUCAAUGCGGCGUUUGUUGAGACUGAACAAACUCCGCCCAUAAAGGCGAGUAUUGCAACCAUUCUUGUGAUACGGGUCCGUUUUAAGCUAAACAAAUCACUUAAAUGAUUAUGGGUGUUUAUUCUGAGGUUCGCGGCAGUCUGCGUUUCCAAUUUUCUGUUUUAUUUGCCCAUUACCCUGGCAUAUUUUCUACUAAUCAUUUUACCCUGUUCGUCUAUGACUAAAUUGUUUAGCCGCCAGUAAAAUGUCUGAGGGUAGUUAUUGGCAAUCAUCGCUGCGGCCCCGAUGACUAGCUCUAGGCAGUUUUUAGUCACCAUAAUUGUUACGACUAAAACCGUGGUUCCUUUUGGCUUAGAUGUUGUGCCAAACUUAGGAGUUCGGUCUAAAUGCUAGGACUUUCUUUAAGUUUGCUAUCCGUGUUUAAGGAACAGCUUAAUCCCUAGUGUUUAAGACUUUGAGGCAUAUGCUUUGCUUAACACAUUUUCCACUGUCAUAGAGACCCCCUUUAAUAUAUUGCCCUAAUUUAUAAUUUGUUAAUGAUUCCCCUUUUGUUUUAAUCACAAUUAAGCGAAAGAAUUGUCCCCGUCAUCCCAAUUAAAUGAACACCGCCUUUGUGCUUAUUAACUUUUCAUCUUCGGAUUUUCAACUAGCGCACCCCUGGAUCCAAGAUUUUACAUUCCUGGGUCCUUGUCAGUUACAAUUCAGAAUAAUUAGGUGAAUCGGAAUCUCGUUCGCCGGUCUCUCUUGGUUGCGGCAAUGCUUCCGUUUUGUUUUGGAACGGCGGUCUAAAGCCUAUUGUUAUCAAAAAAGAUGAAUAAGCUAAGUGGCCAUCCCUGCCUUACUGGUCAUCGUCAGUUAACCACACCCCGGCCACGGACUCUUUCGAACUUUUUGGCUAGUGAACAUUUCCCCUCUGCCGGUAACACCUCGACUUUUGGUUGUUUGUCGCAACGCGUCUACCUAAGUGGCUUAUAAAUUGGAUUUCCAAAAUAAACGGAAGCGACCGUACUCCGCCCUGUACCCAGGGUAGAGGUAAACCUAACCUUAUAAUGGGUCCCGCUCAUCAAAAUGUACUAGAUUUGCAUACACUGCUUCUCCCAUGUGUAAAGUAUUAAGACAACACAAGGUCUAGAAUCAGAUGAAAACGGUACAUCUACUUUUUCCCAAAAGAAGAAUGCAUGCGCGCAUCAGGAGCCUUUUAAUUUACCCCGAUUAAAAUGGUUUUGUGAGGCGUACUCUUCUAAAUUGGCACAUUUAACGUGGUACGUAUGAAAUUUAAAACAGCCUACAUCGUUUUCUCAAGAUAUAUCUUGGCAGACUAGAAUCAGAUGAAAACAGUACAUCUACUUUUUCCCAAAAGAAAAAUGCAUGCGCGCAUCAGGAGCGUUUUAAUUUUCCCCCAUUAAAAUGGUUUUGUGAGGCGUACUCUCCUAAAUUGGCACAUUUAACGUGGUACGUAUGAAAUUUAAAACAACCUACGUCGUUUUCUCAAGAUAUACCAUGGCAGACUGUGGACUCGUGCGACCAGUUUUGGCUUAUAUUCAUGACGCAACAUCCCGGAAGGAGAGAAAAUCGAUUAACUCGAACAGCUGAAAGGCAGUUAAAACUCCUUAUUUUUUCAAUCUGCUAUCUAAGUCAAUGUAGCCAUUACAAAUGGAUAAAUGUUCAGCUAAGGAAGAAAUGUAAGGAUUUCUUGAGAGUUAGAAGAGUUUUUUACCAACCCGGAAUUUUUUAACGACGGCUGCUUUUGAUCACUUUCGGGGCAGGAUUUAAGAAGUGCGCUUAACUAUUUAGUCGCCAACUUUAGAUCUUAACAACUAUCUCGUCUGUCUCUGUCCGCUUUCUCCAUCAUUGGAAACCUUACAGCUUUUGUGUAUAAGUCAGUUUUUCUUCGGCCACACAACUGAUUAUUCAAACGAUGUCUAAUUUCAUGUUUCCCCAUUGGAUAUGACCGCUACCAAAUACGUUGGUAUUAAUCUGACAAAUAGAUCUUCGUGCAUCACACUUGUCAGAGUGCCAAGCCACUCGUGUCCACAAUAUCAGGGCACUGUUAUGAGAUGUGACAGUUAACCAAUAUUCGGAAAGGACUUUGUCCUCUAAGACUUCACUGCGCUGCUCUCACAGCAAUUCACAGUGUCAGUGAGAUUACUCCUCAUAAGGUAUCUCCGACCAAUGUUCGCCACUAUGCUGCGUAACGACAAUCUGUCGGUCGAAAAUGACCUGCUUGGUAGCAUUUUUUGCAGUAAUCAGGGAAUAUUACCAACUUAGCAUGCUCCUGCUUUGGCCAUUCUCAGUAUCAUUCAACCCUCCUUAUUCCCACGAGCAAGGCCGUUCCUUUUAACGUUUUAAUUGUGUUUUUUUCACAUUUUUCUGUUCGAUUAAAGCACCUCGAUGUUGACUGAUCGACCCUGACAGCGUCGAGGACAUUCGAAUGUUGUUAUCGUCAAAUCAAAUUAGUCCACAAUGCUGUUUCUUAAGUAGAUCAGGUUCCUUUUUUUGAUUAACUUCUGAUACUUGAAAUAUGAAAGUAUUCUCAAGGCGCUUCCGUCGCUGACUAGAAGCGAUUUUCACUCCAUGCAUUCGCCUUUCAUAAGUACCACGUCUCCCAUGAGCAGGCACGCUAUGUCAUGUCGUUUCUGCUUUUCUGUCUUUGAUGAUGGAUUCGAGUAGGAAUCCGAAACGUCAGGCUAAUAAAUCUCUUGUCCCGGCGAUCGUGUCCCCUUCUUCAUUGACUAUUUUUCCUGUAACCCUGUCCGCUUUUUUCUACACUCUACUUCUGUUCACUGCUUUUCGCCCCUUAGGAGGUACACAUCUUACACAAGUUCCCGGAGGACUUUUAUGACUCCAAAAUGCAAAUUGUUGUUCUUAAGUUUCUCCGUGUUGAACGCGACUUUGCCUCUCUUGGUAAGUGCCUCAAGUGCUGUUGCAGUUUUAUUUACGUCUUACCCUCCUGUUUUGGGUGCGUUAUCACUUGCGUCUACUACUGAUUGCCAACUCUAGCGUUUUUUUAGUAGACGCAACGCUUUUGUUGACAUUUGUUACAUUGCACUCAAUGCUAGUUGUGUGCGCGGAGACCCCGAGCAAAUUCAUAUCGCACACUUUUCACCUAUAGUUGUGUAUUACGGAGUUAGUGUUCCGUGCAAGGUGAAAUUAACUGUCUAACUGUACAUCGGACAUUUGAUUUCAGAGCACAGCGAAGCUGUCUAUUCAACGCCGUAGGAAUCUAACUAGAUUCCAGUUUUCCACUGGCCAUCUGCUUUUCUUUGAUCGAGCACAGUGUCGCGUAGCCCGCACAGCGUCCAUGAACUGUGAAAGCGAUUGACUCCGAAGACGGUGGAGGCAGACAUCAGGUCUAUGAUUCCUGUAUUAGACAGGUGUCAGGUAGGCCUUCGAAACUUGCGACUCAGUCGGCAAGGAAAUUUCUUCCGCGGCAGGUUAAAUACGGUUUCAGCCUCGCCUCCUGUGUCUGACGCGAUCCUAGACGUCAAGUACUGGUGUUUCACUCUUUUGAGCCGGGAUUCACUAUCUUUAUCGUAAAUAACAACGGCUUUUUUAUUUUCCGAAUUAAUAAGACUGACGUUUUAUUGUCUGCAGAGGAUUUAAUUGCUACCAUUGAGGCAGACAUUGAACAAGCCAGUGCCUUUCUCGACAAACCUGAGUUCCUCAAAUGGAAGACAGAUCCCAUCUUCCGAACCGGCCAGCAUAACGGCGAAGUCUAG